AUGUACGGAUUGUCCAUCCUGACUCGGUUCUUCCUGGUGCUUCUUUCGCUCUGCCCCCUUCGGGUGGGGCAGGACGCCGACAACCACCUCCUCCGAUCCAACUCGUUCCGGCAGAAGACGACGACGCCUCCACCCACCUCCCAUCCACCCUCCACUGUGACCUCCCCCCCUCCCACCGUCCCACCCUCACCCCCUCCCACCCCCCCACCCGACCCGACCCGCGAGCUCCUCCUGGAGAAGAUCAAGCUGGAGAUCCUGGAGAAGCUGCGACUGCAGAACGCCCCGAACGCAAGCGUGGGCUCGGAGGAGCUGCAGCAGCUGCUCGCCCUCAUGCCCGUCCCGGCCUCUCGCACCCAGCACGCCAGCUCGGACCCCUUUUACGGCAAGACCGAGCAAGUCAUCGUCUUUUCCGAUCACUACACCAGCACAGACGAGAAAGCCGACGACGAAACCUGCAGAGGCGACUGCUUCCGCUUCCGACUGCCCGAAGAAUCCCGCAACUGGGCGAUCACCUCUGCCCUCCUCUACCUCCACCUCGAGCCCCACGCAUUCCACCAAUCGGCAUUGACCAGAGACAACAGUUUGACCCUCCUCGUGCACCAACUCCGAGCCGGCGACGGCUCUCCCUAUCGAUUGAAGGUCGCCGAGAAGACUCUCCACCUCGAUCCCCGAAGUGGCGGUUGGGUGGCCCUGGACAUCCAGCUGAUGGCACGUCACUGGGUACCCGUGGGAAUCGUGACCCCCUUGCUGGAAGUGACCUGUCCGUCGUGCCACGUUCAUGCCCCUGGACUCAACGCGACGGGUGUCAUCUCCGACAAACCCGGUUCUCGCCCUUCCAUCAUCUUCUCUCUCGACCCUUCUCGACAGGAAACCGCGAGACUGAGACGAAGCAGCGUGGACUGCCUCCCCCUGUCCAAAGAAUGCUGCCGUGAGCACCUCUACGUAUCCUUCAAGGAGAUCCACUGGGACAACUGGAUCCUCGAGCCGCAGGGCUACCGCGCCUACCACUGCAAGGGUUCCUGCGCCUCCCUCCUCCGCAAGGACAAUCCCCACUCGAUCAUCCGACAGGAGCUGGCUCGCCUGCAGACGGAGUCGUGGCAGGCGCUGAUGCCGUGCUGCACCCCGACCAAGAUGAGGAGCCUGUCGCUGCUGUAUCUCAUCGACGACAAGAUCGCGAAAUACGAGAAUCUUCCCAAUAUGAUCGUCGACGCGUGUGGAUGUCUAUGACGAUGUGGAAUAAACUAACUGGCACCCCGGUCGAAUGACCGGGCAUGGAAACACUCUGUACGUGAAUCAAAAUAACUACGUUGGGAUCUAAGGAUGUAUCGAAUUUCGUUUGAAGUACCGGAGGC